AUGACACUCACUCCCAUGGACGCCAUUGCUAUAAUUCUGUAUCCCACGGACGCCAUUGAUACAAUUCUGUAUUGGGUCUCAACACACGACAGUCCCUUCACCGUCAUUGCCAUCAUCAUCAUUUGCGACAUCGCACUUAAAAUCAUUGUUAAUACCACAGAGUUCAUACUGCGCCAGUUCCGAAAACUUGGAAACAUACGUGGCCCUGCCAACGGAAACAUUCUUACUCGCCUCGUCGUCUUCGCCUUUGCGCUCUUCUUCUACGCAUUCUCAAUGAUUCUUCGCAUCGUUUACCUGCUCGUCUAUGUCUUCAUUGUCACGCCGGUGUGGAUCGUCUUGUAUAUCGCUUUCUUCCUCUUCCUCGCGCAGGCGGUUGCCAACACCCUGCCGAAAAUGUUGCACGAGGUCUACCUGAGCAUCUUCCCGCCGCUCCGCCGUCCUCCGAUCGCUUCCUUAGUAUCAUCAAUGCGGUCCAUGUGGGGUAUAGUUGGGAAGGAGCAGAGGCGCUGGGACUGGCCGGCUUGGUUGGCGGGGAUUAGCCAGGAGUGGUCGUGCACGCCACGGCGUGUGACAAGGAAAAAUGCGUGGGAUGAGCUGAUGGAGUUCAUAGUGUCGAGUGGUAACAGGCGGUGCAUGUGGAAGCCGAGCUGGUGUCGUGAGGAUGAGUGGGCGGGGACGGUGCAGUGUGGAAUUCCGCUGAUAGGGCCGAGUUGGAAGAUUGGAGGCGGGUGGUGA